AGCGUGCUACCCAGGCUGUGGCAUCCAACUGUAAGUAUUCAUUGUGGAGCUCAGUGCUUAAGAGGAAGUAAUCAGAAGGAGGAGGAAGAAAACAGAACCUGAAAUAAAUCUACUGGUGAAAAGCAUGUGCACCAUCUCCUCUAUAUGCAGUUGGGAGUAACAUCAGACUACAGAAGCACAUCCACACAGAAGGAGGUCUCCCACGAUGAUUGUGAAAAAAGCAUUAGGAACAUCCCUGAUGAUUAGCAAGUCUUCCAACACAAAAUUAAGCGUGAACAAUCAAAAAGACGUCCAAAUGUUUCAAAUCUCAGGGGCAAUUUUGAUGCUUGGUUUUGUUGCCCUGAUGGCUGUUUACUUCACGAGAACAUCCAGCAUAGUUGAUCCUAAGGGAGAAACUGUUGUCAGCAUUUACCGAGAGGUGGAAGAGGAAGAAGAACUUCAUGGAGACUUCCAGAGAACCACAGUAUCUGAGGAGGGCACCAACAGAUCUAACGAUUCCUGCAGAUUUGAACUUGUGGAAAAUGUUCCUUAUGACUUACCUUUUGAGGUAAAUACCACUGCAGCCAAACCCUUGUACCAAGCCUGGAUAAGUCUCCUCGAUAUAGCCCAAGAAAAUAUUCAUGUGGCUUCUUAUUAUUGGUCCCUUACUGGGAAAGAUAUCAACGUCAACGAUUCCUCUUCAGAGCAGGGUGAAGAUAUUCUGAAGAGGUUUGAAAGAUUACUCGCGGAGAAUGUCUCUGUGUACAUUGCAGCAAGUAUGCCAACUUUGGCUACGAAGUCAACUGACCUUGAGCUUUUAGAAGAAAAAGGGGCCCAUGUAAAAAAAAUUGAUUUUGAACAUUUGACAGGAGGAGUGCUGCAUAGCAAAUUCUGGAUUGUAGACAUGAAACACAUAUAUAUUGGUAGUGCAAAUAUGGACUGGAGAUCUUUAUCUCAGGUGAAAGAGUUUGGAGCUGUGAUAUACAACUGCAGCUGCUUAGCCAAAGACCUAUGGAAAACAUUUAGUACUUACUGGGAUCUUGGACAUGCUAAUGCUACCAUCCCAUUCCCUUGGCCUCAUAACUAUUCUACCCACAUUAACCACAGUCAUCCUCUGGAAGUAGAAUUUAAUGGAACCUUGACAAAAGCCUAUUUUUCUGCUUCUCCUCCUGCAUUUUGUCCAGAAGGCCGCACUCAUGACCUCUUUGCUAUUAUCAGUGUUAUCAGUGCAGCACAUAAAUUCGUCUAUAUUUCUGUUAUGGAAUAUUUCCCUACCAGCCGUUUUGUUCACCCAGAAAGAUACUGGCCAACCAUUGACAAUGCUCUGAGACGUGUGGCUUUCAACUACAGAGUACAAAUCCGGCUUCUGGUCAGCUGCUGGGCCCACUCUGACCCAGCCAUGCUCCACUACCUGAGGUCCCUGAGUGCUCUCAACAACCCACAUACCCACAUCAGUGUCAACGUGAAACUCUUCAUUGUUCCAGUUUUUAACCACACAAAUAUUCCUUAUGGGAGAGUGAAUCACAACAAAUUCAUGGUCACUGAUAAAACAGCCUAUAUCGGGACUUCCAAUUGGUCAGAAGAUUACUUCACUAACACAGCUGGCGUGGGACUAAUUAUCAAGCAGAAUUCAACCAACCUGCGAAGAAGGCCUAUCCAGGAACAAUUAAAAACCCUUUUUGAGCGUGACUGGAAUUCCAAAUAUUCCGUGAAUUUAGAAGAUGUGCAAGGACAGAAAGACUGUAACUGGAGAGACAGACUCUGAAGUGAUCUGAAGUAUGCAUUUAAAAUAGAAAGAAAAUAUAUAUUAAUUUUGUUCCCUGUGCAAAACAAGGAGCUUUCUGUCUUAUGUCUUUGUCAGAAAAACUUCUUCCUUGUGGUAUCCAUGCUGUCUCAUGAUGUGAGAACUUCUCAUAAUUGAGUCUACCUGCCUACUCAUUAGUCAGCGUGUGACAUUUUCUUUGCUGUGUAUGAUUACCCCAUCUCAGAGUUAAUGAAACGCAUACAGUAUGAUAAGACAAGCUGUCUGAUAUUAAAGCAAACAUGGAAGACGUAACCAGAUCUGAAUACAUCGGAGAAGCAGGUCAUUAGUGCUGCGCUGUCUUAGGAUGCUAUAUAUUCAACCCUAAUACUCCACUAACAGUGUUUUCUUACAUAUGUUUAAACAUUUUAAAAAUAAAGUUCUGGUUACU